AUGUUCUAUCUAUCUAUCUAUCUAUCUAUCUAUCUAUCUAUCUAUCUAUCUAUCUAUCCUCAGUCGCCUCAUACCUAUCUAUCAGUCUAUUCAUAUCUAUCUAUUUAUUUAUUUAUCUAUCUGUCUAUCUAUCUCGUUCUGUUCGUAUCUAUCUAUCCAUCUAUCUAUUUAUCUAUCUUAGUUUUUUCAUGUUCCAUAACAAAUAUUUAUAUCCGUUCACAUCUUUCUCUCUCCGGCUUUCUAUAUACGCACAAAUACAAACCCGUACAUAUGUCUCUUCAUAUCUAUCUAUCUAUCUAUCUAUGCAUUUAUCUAUAUCUCUCAUUCUCUUUCAAUUUGAUUUUAUUCUUAUUCUCUUUCUGCUUUUCUCUUUCUUUUUCUUUUCUUGCGUUUUUCUCAUAUUCAUUCAAACAUUCAUCUUUCAUUCUAGUGUUUUAUUCUCUUCUUUAUUUUCAUUCUUCCCUGUGUUCAUUUUAUAUUCCUUUCUUUUCCUUUCUUCUUCUCACUUAUUCAAUCUCUUCCUACUUAGUUCUUCUCCCUUUUCUUCUUUUCCUAUUAUUGUUUUUAUUUUUCCCGCUUUUCUCUUUCCCUUUCAACUUCUUUUUCUCCUUUUUUCUUUCUUCUUUUUCUUCUACUUUUUUCUUCUUCUUUCUCUUCUUCUUCUUCAGCUUAUUCAUGCGCUACUCACUGCCUCCUGUUUUUCUUCAUAUUUUUCUAAACCUUUCCUUUUUACUCAACUUUUUCUCCUUCAUCGUCUUCUUCUUCUUCUUCUUCUUCUUCUGCUGCUGCUUCUUCUACUUCAUCUUCUUCUUCUUCUCUUGGUAUCUGAUUCUUUUGCCUUCACUUCUCCGCGUCGAAAACAUCGUACAUUCUUUUCACCUCUCAGCAGCACCUCCCCAAAAUCCCACUGAAUCGGGAGCCGCCCUCUUACUCAAACCCCUUUCUACCAACUACCCAACGUUACCCUGA